AUGGUUCACUCCGCCUGGUUCUACAGCGCCGUGGGCACUCUCAUCACCACUGCCCAAGCCACUCAAUACUAUGUUGACUGCUCCGCAUCUUCAAGCGGCUCGGGCACACUCCAGCGCCCCUGGAACACUCUUGCGCAAGUGAAUGCGCCCACUUUCCAGCCUGGAGAUACAAUUGCCCUCAAGGCUGGCACCCAGUGCAAUGGCGUGCUAUCCCCCAAGGGCGUCGGAACUGCUGCGGCCGUCAUCCGUAUCACGAAAUACACGCAAGGCGCCAGCGCGAGCACCAACCCCGUCAUCAAUGGCACCGGGGCCGCAGCAGCCGUCACCUUGACCAACCAGGACCACUGGCGCAUCUCCAACCUCGCCGUGACCAACCCGGCCGGGCAGCUCGCGGCGCGCCAGGGCAUCCACGUCACCGCCAGCGACGGCAAGACCCAUACCGGUAUCACCAUUGACGGCAACACGGUGCACCACGUCGCGGGCCAGACCAACAAGGCCACCCACGCCACCGACUUUACCCUGUCGUGCGGCAUCCUCGUCGACGUCGGCCAGGCGGGCAGCCGCUACGACAAUGUGCUCGUGAGCGGCAACGACGUGUCCGACUGCGGCGGCGGCGGCAUCAAGGUGCGCGUCGGCGCCAUGAACAACCUCGGCUACCAGGCGCACGUCACGCAGAACGCGAUUCGCGCGUGCGGCGGCGACGGCAUCAUCAUCUCGUACAGCGACACGCCGCUCAUCGACUACAACACGGCCGCCGACCUCGGCACCGGCGCGUACCCGUGGACCGGCGGCAACUUUGCUGGCAUGUGGGUGCUCGGCGACCACAACCCGACCAUCCGCCACAACGUCGUCACCGGGAGCAUCAUGUCGGCCAUCGACAGCGAGGCCUUUGACUGCGACUGGGGCAACACGGGCAACUGCACCGUCGAGUACAACUUUAGCCGCGACAACGCCGGCGGCGCGUUCCUCAACUGCGACGGCUGCGGCACGUCGGGCGGCGCGGACCAGAUUGUGCGCUACAACAUCUUCCAGAACGACUGCCGCUUCUACAGCAACGGCGACGAGCCGACGCUGUACUUUUACCAAAACGUGCUGUACUGCGACGAGGCAAAUUUCAACAUGACGCUGCCCCUCAACACGCAGUUCACCAACAACAUCAUCGUGGGCAACGGCAAGUCCUCGCUGCCUGCGCGGAGCGGUAUCAGCUGGGCCUGGAACGUCUUUCAGAACGUCAAGCCCCCGACCAAUAACGGCAUACAGGGGGAUCCAAUGUUCGUGAACCCGGGGUCCGGAGAGGAUACCCUGGCUUCGGCUGCGGGGUACCGUCUCAAGAAGAGCUCGCCCGCGCUGGUCAACGGGCAAGUGAUUUUGGGUAAUGGCGGGAUCGACUUUUAUGGAAAUCCCGUAUCGCAGACAUCAAAGCCGAAUAGGGGCGCGUACAAUGGUCCGGGUGUUUAA